AUGGCCACUUGUCCACCCAACGUCAAUGUGGUUGCUGAAAUCAAUGAGGAAAUAAAUACGGAUUAUGAUAGUUAUUUAGAGUUGGUUCCUACUUCGAACAUGUGUUUUGACACAAUGCAAGAGGCAAAGAAAUUUUAUUCUGACUAUGGGGAAGGUAAAUAUGUUUCCAACAUUCGUCUAGAGGUCAAAACUCUUCCAAGUCAGACUAAUCAAUGUCCUGCUGGAAUAAGCAUUGCACGAAAAGUGGACAAAUGGUUUGUUAGGACUGUAGUUUUAGAUCACAGUCAUGAGCUGUGUCCACAAACCUCCAAUUUAAUCCAUGGUAAUAGGCAAUUGAACAUGCAUGCAAAGCACACUUUGAAAGUGAAUGAUGAUGCCAGUGUACGUAUUAAUAAGAGUUUCCUUAGCAGAGUUAGUGAAGCUGGUGGAUAUGAAAACAUGCAAUUUGUGGAGCGAGAUGCUAGGAACUUCAUUGGUCAACAUAGAAGGUCACUGUGUAAGGAGGAUGCUCGAAGCCGAGCUGCAUGUGAGGAGUUCGGUGAUGUAGUGUCGUUUGACACCACGUACUUAACCAACAAGUACGACAUGCCAUUUGCUCCAUUUGUAGGAGUUAACCACCAUGGACAAUCCAUUCUACUUGGUUGUGGAUUGCUCUCAUCUGAGGACACUUCUUCAUUUAUAUGGUUAUUCAAAUGUUGGUUAAGAUGCAUGGGAAACAAGGCGCCUGACAAUAUUGUAACUAAUCAAUGCAAGGCCAAGGCAAAUGCAAUUGAAGAAGUCUUCUCAAACACAAAACAUAGGUGGUUUUUGUGGCACAUAAUGAAAAAGAUACCUGAAAAAUUUCAGGGAUAUAAGAAUUAUGUUGGUAUUAAGUGUGAUAUAAAAGUGGUUGUCAAUGAAUCUGCUAAUUCAAUGGACUUUGACAUAGGUUGGAAGCGACUACUUACCACACAUGGCUUAGAAAAUAAUGAAUGA